AUGAAGGCGGAACAAGACAAAGUUGCGAAACUACUCUUAAAGCUUGGAAAGAAGGCAAGUACAGUAUAUGAUAUAAAUAUAUCUACUGGUACGUGUUUAAGGAAAGAAAAGCUGCCUUGAAAAAUUGAAACAGCUAGCUGAUCAACCCCCCUUCUUAAGUAUGUAAUCUGACCUUGUAGGGUAUUUGACCUAAGAUCGCGAUCCCCGUUUUAUCCGGAACACUGGUUUUAAGGAAAGGGUGAAGUUAAAUUGCAAUUUCCAGAACCUUGGGGUUGACUUGAGGGUUUAAAUAAAAAAAUAUAUAAUUUUUUAUGGACGGCAUGCAAUGUUAAUUAGUUCAUGAGAGAGGUUGAAUUAAAACAAAAAGUUUAAAUUUUUGCAAUUCAUACAGCCAAUCGCCAACAUACCUGCUCGGCCAACGUGCACAGCCCCUGCAGCUAGUCAACUGGAGGAAAAAAUUCUACAUUUGGAACGGGAAGUGCAAGAAAUGAAAGCAUCACUGGAAAACAUCAAAGAAAAACUCUCCAGUACUGUCCCAGCUGCUAAUUGUUCUCCAAACCAUGGAGGUUCAAACUCGGCUUCAAUAAAAUAGCCUGCUUAGUUUAACUUGAUUCUUGUAUAGUUUAUUAUACCCAAGUGAAACUGCAAUUCUUACAAACAAAGGUUAUAACCCCAUUCUAAUGUGAAAGUACACAUGGAAGCUAUGUAAAAGUAAGAAGCAUUCUUAUGUACCACUUACUAUUUGUUGAAGAGUUUUAAAAGUAGAACACACCAACGGUAACGUUAUAAUUUUAACUGCAGCUAACUAUGUUUGUUCACUUCUAUUUUAGUCUCCAUCUGGUUCAAACCUUCAUGGUAACGAGGCUCCUGCUCUAAAUACAGCUCUCAGUAAACCAGAAAUUGUAAGAAAAGUUAAAUUAAUUUGUUUUCCCCCAAAUGUUCAUACCUACCUGGCAACCAUCUUGGAAAUUCGAGUUUACUACCAGUUAAAUGUCAACGAACUUUUUAAAACAUAUCAAGAUAAGUCUGACGCUUUGUUUCUUAAAAAUUCAUACUUUCCUUGGAACAAUAUAACAAUUUGUUUUAAUUUUGAGACUCUGCCCCCUCAGAAUUUCCAUAAUUUUUGAACUUCUAUCCAUGGAUGGUGCUUAUGUGGACAAAUUAUAUAUAAUUUCACUAAAUUAUAGUUGACAUGGUGAUCCAUAUAAAUGAUUAUUGAAACUUAAAUUAAUUGUGUCAACAGUUAGUAUAAAACAAGGACUGCGACCACAGCAGUGGAGAAAGAGCCAGGGGGAAUUUAAAAUGGCACAAAAUGUUAUUAUCAUUAAAUGUUACAGGAUCAUAAACGUACUAUACACCUGUAGACUGCACUAUUAUUAAUUAAGAAAAAGUGCACAUAUGCAGAUACGUGUAUAAUGACAUGCACCUUAUCUAAAUAAUAGAAGCAGGAAAUUUCCUCUUGAAGGAUUAAUGACAUGUUAAAUUUCUUUCAGUGGCAUAAUGGCAUUAACCUGAUGAAUGCCAAGGCACUCCCCAAGGAGCCCCACAAGUGUGCUCUGAACCUCCUAGACAUUUUAUUCCAGAAACAAGAGCUGGGUGAGGGAAUAUUAUUCCAGUCAAGAAGAUCAAACAAACCACCUCUGGAUGAGGCUAGAGUGAGCAAAAUGUUU